AUGCUGCCAUCCUUCUCGCCGGCGGCCACCGCGGCGGCGACCCCGCCGCCGAAGCCGAUCCCGGGCGGCUACGGCGCGCCCGUGCUGGGCCCGCUCAGGGACCGUCUCGACUACUUCUGGUUCCAGGGCCCCGAGGAGUUCUUCCGGCGGCGCGCCGCGCAGUACCGGAGCACGGUGUUCCGGGCCAACAUCCCGCCCACGUUCCCCUUCUUCGUCGGCGUGAACCCUCGCGUGGUCGCCAUCGUGGACACCGCCGCCUUCACGGCGCUGUUCGACCCGGAGCUGGUGGACAAGCGCGACUGCCUCAUCGGGCCGUACAACCCCAGCGACUCCUUCACGGGCGGCACCCGCGUGGGCGUGUACCUGGACACGGAGGAGCCGGAGCACGAGCGCACCAAGGCCUUCGCCAUGGACCUCCUCCGCCGCAGCUCCCGCGUGUGGGCGCCCGAGUUCCUCGAGGGCGUCGACGGCAUGCUCGCCGCCAUCGAGUCCGACCUCGCCGCCGGCAAGGAGGGCGGCGCCAGCUUCCUGGUCCCGCUGCAGAAGUGCAUCUUCCGGUUCCUGUGCCGGGCGGUGGCCAGCGCCGACCCGGCCGCCGAGGACCUGGUGGACCGGUACGGGCUCUUCAUCCUGGACGUCUGGCUGGGGCUGCAGCUGGUGCCGACGCAGAAGAUCGGCGCCAUCCCGCAGCCGCUGGAGGAGCUGCUCCUCCACUCCUUCCCCUUCCCCUCCAUCCUCGUCAAGCCGGGGUACGACCUGCUGUACCGCUUCGUGGAGAAGCACGGCGCCGCGUCCGUGGCCGUCGGCGUCAAGGACCACGGCAUGACCGACAAGGACGCCAUCAACAACAUCCUCUUCCUGCUCGGCUUCAACGCCUUCGGGGGCUUCUCGGUCUUCCUCCCCUUCCUCAUCCUCCAGGCCGGCAAGGACGCCGCGCUCCGCGCCAGGCUCCGCGACGAGGUGCGCGCCGCGCUGGCGCAGCACAACGGCGAGGUCGGGUUCGCGUCGGUGCGCGGGAUGCCGCUGGUGCGCUCGACGGUGUACGAGGUGCUCCGGAUGAACCCGCCCGUGCCGCUGCAGUUCGGGCGCGCGCGCCGGGACUUCGUGCUGCGCUCCCACGGCGGGGAGGGCUUCUCCGUCGCCGCCGGGGAGAUGCUGUGCGGGUACCAGCCGCUGGCUAUGCGCGACCCGGAGGUGUUCGACCGGCCGGACGAGUUCGUGGCGGACAGGUUCGUCGGGGCGGAGGGCGAGGCGCUGCUGCGGUACGUGUACUGGUCCAACGGGCCCGAGACCGGCGAGCCGACGAAGGGCAACAAGCAGUGCGCCGCCAAAGACGUGGUCGUCGCCACCGCAUGCAUGCUCGUCGCCGAGCUCUUCCGCCGCUACGACGACUUCGAGUGCGACGGCACCGCCUUCACCAGCCUCCAGAAGCGGCAGCCCAGCUGA